UGGAAUAUGUGCAGGGAGAGGCGGAGGGAGAAAUGUGCUGCCUCAUCCUUUAUCAGCAGCGCCGUGAGUCAGCAGCAGCAACACCGCCGCCGCAAUGACUCGCCCACAGAGAACUAUUUCUCCUUACUUUACCUCUGAUAAACACUUCACACCGAAUUUCCUCUUUCACUAUGAUGUAGAUGUAAUUUAGCCAUGACAAUGUCAAGCUGCAAGACUUCAGAGUUCACGUUCCAGUCAUCAAUCCACAGUACACAUGUCCUACGCUGUCUGGAUGAGCAAAGGCAGAAGGACCUCCUGUGUGAUGUGACGGUGGUGGUAGAGAACCGCAGUUUCAGGGCCCAUCGCUCGGUUCUUGCCUCCUGCAGUGACUACUUCAGCGCCCGCAUAACCAACCACUCAGGACAGGGACUCGUCAUCAAUUUGCCAGAUGAAGUAACGACUGAAGGAUUUGAACCAUUGCUGCAGUUUGCAUACACCUCAAAGCUGCUCUUCACUAAAGACAAUGUGCUGGAGAUCCAUAACUGUGCCACUGUGCUAGGUUUCAAAAACUUAGACAAAGCCUGCUUUGACUUCAUCUUGCCCAAGUUCUUUGACAACAGUAAAGGUUCUUCGAAGGUUCAGAGGAAUCAGUGCUGCAAGACCAAAUGCUGGAAAGCCAAGGCUGAAUCAAGCAUUAACAACGAUGGUGCUAGUGAUACUGGUGACGUAUCAUCGGUGACUCAGCCCUUGAAGAAACAAGAGCUUAACGUCUCCUCAAAUCCCUGUGAUAAGGCAGCGAAACCCUGUAGCCCAUGUCAAGUAGAAACUGAGGCAGAUACAGAAGCAGAGUCAGACUACUCCUCACUUUGUCCAAAAUACCGCAAGUUUCAGCUGGCUUGUGGGAAAAGCCAGUCUUACACAGACACAGAACCAGAGAAUGCUGCAAGUAACUUCUCUUUAAAGUACUUGCCUUGCUUUGAAAAAUUUGAGUCUGCCAAUCCUGUGUCAAGCAAGACCUCGGAAGAAAUCACAGAGAUGGACACCAUGUCCUUUUGCUGCCCAUUAGAAAAGCAACCACCAUUUGAAACACCACAGAAUCUUUGCUCAGGCAAGACAUCUCCACAGAUGUGUCCAGUGAGUGCAUCUCAUAGCCUCGGCUGUUCCUUUCCUCCUCCUCCUCCUCCAAAUGCUGGAGAGGUAUUUGAAAGUUCUUCCCUGCAAGUCCAGGGUAAAGAGUGCACAGUUUCAGAUUGUGUAACUGGAACCGUUUGUCUGGACCGAAGAAACGAGCAAAGGAGCAGUGUCGAGAUGGAGGUGGCCAACCAGCUCAGUGCCUGGCCUGAUAUUUACCAUGUCUCAGACCCUGCUGUGCCAGUGAAAAGCUCCGAAAUACAGUGGGUAAAACAGCUGGAGUGUCCCUUUCUCAGGGAUUUGGGUGCAGUGGAUGCUCAGGUGCGAUGCAGUGAGGUGAACUCACGCUCAGCAGAAUGUUCCUAUUUAUCCUCCAUUCAUUCAGGAGAUGACUCUGAUAGCUUUGACACUGAGGGGGACAGUGAAUCAUGCACCAGUGAGCAAGCAAGUCUGCUCCUUGCUCAGAUGCAGCUGCCAUUUUCUGUAGAGGGCAUCGUAUCACUAAGCCGCAAUGACUUCCAGCAGAUGCUGAAGACACAGCCGUUGACACGUGAACAGCUUGAUUUUGUGCAUGACGUUCGACGUCGCAGCAAAAACCGCAUCGCUGCUCGUCGCUGCCGCAAGAGGAAACUUGACUGCAUCCACAACCUGGAGUGUGAAAUUGAAAGACUGCGAAGUGAAAAAGAGAAGCUGACUGCUGAAAAGCAGCAACUGGACCAGAUGAGGCAGAAGACAUGGGAAAAUUACUCAGUUCUGUAUGAUAGGCUGUGUGCUGAGGCAAAACUGCAGCCUGAGCAGCUACAGGUGUUUGCCAAGUAUACCUCUCUGACAGAGUGCCCUUUCUCUAACCACCUGUCCACUAAAGUGCAGCUCUACAACUGCUCUGAGUCUGAGCUUCACCCCUUUGCAGCAUGCCUUGGCACAGACAUUGGCAUCUGUGAGCCUGGCACCUCCACUAGAUCUGCCAACACUCAGAAUCAUGCAGCUUCUGAUCUCCAAUCUACUGAACCUCAGCACACAGGGAACAACAAGACCACCACAUCCAUCUCUCCAGACAUUCUCGCCAGUAAACUUGAAACAGAUACAUCAUGAGGUGCUUCCUUUUAUAUUAUUUGUAAAUCCGGAACUGUUCUUAAAACAAUUUUUGUCUUACUACAUAAAGAAGACACUUAUUAUUGACAAUCAGUGUAUUCAAUUUAAUUUUCUUUAAGUCUUUAUGGUUGUGUUCUUUCUUUUAUGUAUGAAAAAGGUAUGUUUUUCAGUGUUUUAUGAACAUUUUGGUGAACCAGAUCAUAUUUUUAUACUUGUACCAAGGUAGGUUCAUCCAAAUUACACUCCCAUGAACUUUUUUGUAUCUCUUCUUGACCAUCCUGAUCUUUUGAGUUCUGAACAGGUAAAUGAUGAAGACGUUGCAUUACUGUAUGUAUGUAUUAUAUUACAUUAGGUAUAACUGAGGAGCAAGGUGUAAAGAUGACUGAAGUAUAAUUGAAUUUCUGGAUUAUUUUCUAAUGUUCCAUAUUAUGUACAAACAAAAUUUGGGCUGCAUAUAUUGCUUCAACUAAUUAAUCUAUUGGCACAGUUUUGUCUUAAACCAAAUCUAAUAGUAACAGACAAUUACAGGGUGAAACAUUUAUAAUCUUAUAAUAUUUUCUCUCUUAAACUUGAAUAUACUUACUUAAAUCACUGAUCAUUUGAUUGUGCUGUUACCUUUUUGCAGUUUUCAUCAAAGAGACCAUAUUAUUGUAUUUGUCAUACAAGACAAAUCAAUAAAGUGUGUGAUCUUUUUAACUUUA